AUGCCGGGUGUGGACUACUCGAAGUGGGACAAAUUCUGCGACAGCGAUGACUCCGGCGGGGACGAGGGAGCGAAGAGCGGGAGGCCGUGCGUGACGCGGCUGCAGUACCCAUCACGCGUCACGGUUGGCCCGGGCGGGGUGCACAUGGAGGCGUCACCGCCGCUGGCGACGGCUUCCCCGUUUACGGGCGGAAGUGGUGCCGCUGCCGCUGCCGCCACGGCGCGCGCGGAUCCUGCGCCGGGUGGGAAACCGCCCUCGCAGCAAGGCGCCCCAAAGGAAGUGAAGGACGACGCCGAGGCCGAGGCCGAGGAGGAUGAGAUGAUGUACAACAACCUGACGCGCAACGGCGGGCGUGAGCGGGAUUCGCACCUCUGGUCACAGACACGGGACACCGCCUCUGUGAGUUUUAUACUUCCCUCAAUGGCCACCAAGGCGAAGGACAUAGUGAACUUCCGGUUGUGCGCCGAGGAACGGCCGGACGGCGGCUCUGUGUGUGUCUUAACAUUUAGUACGAGGGGCGUCGAGGAGGAGCGCCGAUGCGUCUUCAGGUACCCUGUGAAGCUUGACAGCGACGUCGUGGAAGGGUGCUGGCAGCUGCACUCGCUCCCGAGCAGGUCUCUGCGGCUGAUGGUGGUGCAGCUCGUCAAGGAGCCGGUGGCGGUGGGCAUGUCGCUGUGGUGGGACCGAUGCUUUGUGACGGACCGGACCACCGUCGACACCCGCACACUCGCCGACAGAAGCGGCGCAGAGGCGCUGCGGGGAGAACAAUUUCAGCGGGCCUGGCAUCAAGCCCACGAGGAAUUCAAGAAACGAAUAAAAGAACCGCACGGCCGCCCGCCCAUUAUUGCGGAGGAAGAGGAGGAGAACUGCAAUUGA